GCUCUUUGAACCGGACAGAGAGCCGGGUCAGACCAUCGGGGAACUCUGCUGAGCGACAUGGAGGAAUCAGCACACAGACGAGGAGACAAGAAAGUGGUGGCAGUGGUGGGCGGUGGGUUGGUGGGGGCACUCAACGCCUGCUUCUUCGCCAAAAGAGGCUUUGAGGUGGAAGUCUUUGAAACAAGAGAAGAUAUUCGGAAAGCCAAAGUAGUGAAAGGCAGAAGCAUCAACCUGGCUUUGUCCCACAGAGGCCGGCAAGCCCUGAAACAUGUUGGAAUGGAGGAUAAGAUUGUUUCUAAGGGAAUCCCGAUGAAUGCCAGGAUGAUUCAUUCGCUAAGUGGGAAACAAUCUCCGAUCCCGUAUGGGAAGAAAGGACAGUACAUCCUGUCCGUUGACAGAGCCAAUCUGAACAAAGAGCUGCUAACAGAGGCAGAGACGUAUCCAAACACAACGCUGAACUUCGACCACAAACUGCAGGACUGGCGUGCUGAAACCGGACUAAUGACCUUCGCCAGGCCGGACGGAUCCAAGACGCAGACUCAAGCGGACCUGAUCGUCGGUUGCGACGGAGCGUUCUCCGCCGUCCGGAAGCAGUUCCUGCGCCGCAGCCGCUUCAACUACAGCCAGACGUACAUCCCGCACGGAUACAUGGAGCUCACCAUGCCGCCGAGAAACGGGGAGUUUGCCAUGAAGCCAAACUACCUGCACAUCUGGCCCAGAAACACCUUCAUGAUGAUCGCUCUCCCCAACCUGGACAAGACGUUUACCUGCACCCUCUUCAUGCCCUUUGAGGAGUUUGAGAAAAUCACCACAGGAGACGAAGUCAUUGAGUUUUUCCAAAAAUACUUCCCUGAUGCCAUCCCGCUAAUUGGAGCUGCUGCCCUCAGGAGGGAUUAUUUCCGCCUGCCUGCUCAGGCCAUGGUCUCCGUGAAGUGCUCCCCGUAUCACAUCGGGGACAAAUGCGUCCUCAUGGGGGACGCGGCCCACGCUGUGGUGCCUUUCUAUGGCCAGGGGAUGAACGCCGGUUUUGAAGACUGCAUUGUCUUUGAUGAAAUAAUGAAUCAGUUCAAUGAGGAUUUCAGUGUCGUGCUGCCAGAGUACUCCAGGGUCCGGGUUCCUGACGACCACGCCAUCGCAGAUCUGGCCAUGUACAACUAUGUCGAAAUGCGGGCGCACGUCAACUCCAAAUGGUUUAUUUUCAGAAAACAUGUGGACAAUCUACUUCACCUCCUCAUGCCGAAGACGAUUAUUCCUCUUUACACAAUGGUUACUUUCACCAGGACCAGAUACCAUGUCGCUGUGGAGCGCUGGCAUUGGCAGGACAAAGUGAUAAACCGUGGCCUGCUGCUAGGAGCUGUGGGAGCUGCUGUUGGCGGCUCCUAUCUGCUCAUUAAAAAUCCUCCAGAGAUCAACAAGCUCGUUAUCACAGCUGAGAAGAUCUGGAACAAGAUGGCCGCCCUGAAGACGCCGCCUCGUGUCGGCGCCGCCUCUCAGAUCUGACAGACAGGAGCCUCAGAACAUGGGAACGAACAAAUCCAGUUAUUAAAUCUUAUAAUGGAGCAGCAGUGGACUUCAGAUUUAAUUAAUUAGGAUGUUUCAAUUAAAGCAAAUGAACAGAUUUCAUCUUUAUAUAACAUUUUCACAUUAAAAUAAGUCCUUAUUUUUAUUUGUCACAAUAAAAUUAAUGUACAUUGAUGUGGAUUUAUGUUUCUUUUAAAUUAUUUGUAGAUCUAACAGCCUUUUAAUAUGCAUAAAUUAAUUAGUAACCAUGAAAACAAUUCCUUAAUUGUAAAACUGAUACCAAUGUAUAACUUCAAAAGAUGCUGAACAUUCCUCAUUUUAAUUAUUUAUUUUUCACUGAGCUAGUUUCAUAAAAUUACUGCCUUAUUAAAAUAUGACCUUAUUCUAGUAGUUUUAUGGCUUUAAUGUCACAUUGUUACUUUUUUCUCACAUUAUUAUAAUUUUUUUCUCAAACAUAUUUAGGUUACAAUAUUAUGACUGUUCCUGUUUUAUUAUGGCUUUACUUUUGUGUUAUUGUGAAUCUCUCACAUAAUUACAACUUUAUUGUGUUAUUUCAAGUUUAUUAUUGUAAUACGAAUUUUAUUUUCAUAUUAUUGCUACUUUCUUCUGUUAUCACAGCAUUUUCUUUUAUUACUACACCAUUAAUCAGGUAAGUUACAUUACCUGAAUAAAGAUGUAAAGUCGUUUCAGGAAUAAAGAUAAGAUUUUAUUCUUUA